ACAUUAUCAUAGAUGGCGUUGUUGUUGUAGAUAAUAGGAAGCAUCGUCCUGGAAACCACCAUUUACGUCAAUAAUUCAAUUCUACAAUUCCAUGUUGACUAAAAUGUAAAAGAUAAAUACAUUGUGUGUGUGUGUGUAAGAGAAUUUUACACAAGAUAUCAAUCACGUACUACACUUCCUUAUCACCAGAAAUUGACAUAAGAGGACACACAGUAGAAAUAGAUUACGAAGUCAAAAUGAGCCUGUUAAGGGCCAUAUCGUUGCUGCUUGCAGUAUUUAUAGUGAAUGCAUCGAAAUUAGAUCUUCUUAUGCCUGAAGUUGCCCCCGAUAAGGCUGACACGUAUUUGUGUAUACCACUGAAAAUGUCAGAUUUAAACACUUACAUAGUUGGAUUUGAACCCCAUGCUAAUAAGAAAGUAGCCCACCAUAUGUUGUUGUAUGGUUGUGAUACACCUGGAAUUCCCGGGGCUAAAGUUUGGAACUGUGGAGGUAUGGAACAUCCAUCAUUCAAAUCAGCAGGUACAUGCAAGACGGGAAAUAAAGGAAUUAUAUAUGCCUGGGCUUAUGACGCACCUGGUUUGACAUUGCCAAAAGAUGUUGCAUUCAAAGUAGGCGGAGACACUGGUAUAAAUUAUCUAGUGCUGCAAGUUCACUACAAAGAUGUUUCCAGUUUUCUACCUCCCAACAAUGGAGUAGAUAGUUCUGGUGUCUCCCUAAUAACAACAGAUGUACCGCAACCUAAACGAGCAGGGGUAAUGUUAUUAGGUACAGGAGGAAUGAUACCCAAACAUUCUGUAGAGUACUUUGAGACUGCUUGUAAGUAUGGUGAGAGUUUCACGGUGCAUCCAUUUGCCUAUAGGACGCAUGCUCACAUGCAUGGAAAGGUUGUAUCUGGCUAUGUUAUAAAGGAUGGUGUGUGGACAGAAUUAGGAAGAAAAGAUCCCAUGAAACCAGAGAUGUUUUACAAUGUGACGACACCAGGAGUCACUAUCAACCCAGGAGAUUAUAUGGCUGCUCGCUGUACAAUGAAGAAUGACGAGGACAGAGAUGUAUAUAUAGGAUCCACUAGCAAAGAUGAAAUGUGCAAUUUUUACAUCAUGUUCUACACCGAUGGAACCAAAACAACUGCCCAAAACUGUUGGACCGGAGGACCACCGUCUUUUUAUUGGGACAAAUCAACACGAUAUGCCGGAGCAAUUCACCCAGAAAACGUCCCUGAAAACGUCAGUACAGAACCGGAAAGUGGAAAGUCAUACCAAAUUACGACAAGAAAGGUACAACCCAUUGUUCAAGACAAUUACCUAGACACAUUGGCAAAUUUGGAGAAGCCCAAUGAUGAGGGAGACCUUGUAAACUUGUUGAGGCGUCUUGAUGCUACAUACAGACAACGCUACAGAGAUCAGGGUUUUUAAGUCUGAAUUCAGAUAUCAAAUUUAACGAUUGUGUUCAAGGUUACAUAGAAAUUACUGAUGAUUAUUGAGUUAUCUGUUGUUAUGUAUAUAAAUCGGGUAAUAAUUACUCGAGAAAUUAUUGAAAACUUUACAUAGAGAAAUUGUUUUAACUCAAUAAAACAGAUAGAGAAAUAAUCUGUUUAUUUGAAGGGGAUUAUUGUUUAUUUUUUAACACUUUUUAUCAAUGAAACGGGUAUAGUUGUCCUGUAACUAGUCAUUAAAUAUAUUUCUGAAUACAGCAUUAUAAUCGCAUGGCGUUUAUUGCAUGCAUACACGUAACACAGAAUGUUACGAUCUCUUUCGUUUAAAGUUUACCCAUUUCCAACUUUUCAUUACAUGUUUGGCUGAUUCUACUUAACUGACUAUUUUGUUUUGGCUAAUUUUAGAUUAGCUUUUUUUUUAACACAACAAGAAUCUUGUUUAUAUUAUAGUUAUGUAUCAUGUGAUUAAAAGUUUAUGUUUUUUA